GGGAGAUUAUACUAGAAGGGAAUAAUUAUAUACUAGAAUAGCUGGCCAUAGCCCCAAGCUACCUUAGCCGGACUAUCUUUAUAGGACUCCAGGCUUCUUUACCUCAGAGAAAAGCACGAAGAACCUCCCUUCUGGAUCUCAAUCCUAGUACGCUCCUCUAACCUGUAUAGUUUAAUGUCUAGGGAGGGUCCUGGCCGUAAAACGCUAAUACUUAAAGAAAGAGGAAUAGAUCCAUUUUGCCAAAAUAACCCAUAUAAUCCUCGAACCGUUCUUAUAUUACCUCUAAGCCUCGCAUUAUACCUCCCGAGUCUGGUCCUCAAGUCCUUAUCCUAUCAAGAAUCGUAUACCUCCCAAAGCCAAGCCUAUACUAGUAAAGUACUAAACCCAAAAGAAUAUAAGAGUAUAUCCCAAAUAUCUCCUUACUCCUACGGAUGGUAAUUAGCACCCGCUAUAGUCGGUAUCCUUCGUAGAACGAGCGGAAUGAGGACGACCCGAUAUACUGGCGAAGUCGAAGUCGAAAAGAAUCGUGCGAGCGGUUAAGGUCGAGGUUGAUCGAUAAAAGAGACACGGUGUCUCGUCGAGGGGAGGAGUCGGCGAGUUAGAGCGGCGGCGGCGGUGAAGGAGGAGGAGAUUCGAUCAUUGUUGCCAGGUCGGGACUCAAUCCUAGCCCUGUAUUCUCCAAAGAGACUGUAAUCGGUGGACCAGCUACUACAGGUUACCAGACCGCACCACGAGGAGGU